CCUCCUGGCCAGCCCCUCCCACACCCCAGCUCCUUCCAGGCCGGGAAGCGUGUCCUGUUCCAGAUCUCCGUCCAGCUGCCCCUUGUUCCCGGACUCCACCGAGUGGCGGUGGCAGACCGGCGCCAUGACCUCCCGCCUGGAUCUCUCUCACCUCCUCCCGCCCCCCCGCUUGCGCCAGCUGGUCCGGGACUGGCUGCAAGAGGAUGCCCCGGCCUUCGACCCCGCGGGCUGCGCAGUGGGGCAACGCCCGGAGCGCGCUGUGCUCCUCUGCAAGUCUCCCGGGGUGUUGGCUGGCUGCCCCUUCUUUGACGCCGUCUUCACCGAGCUGGGCUGCACCGUGGAAUGGUUCCAGCCCGAGGGGGCCUGGCUGGAGCCCGUGGCCCGCGUGGCCGAAGUCCGUGGCAAAGCCUGCCACCUGUUGCUGGGGGAGAGGACUGCUCUGAAUUGCCUGGGACGGUGCAGCGGGGUGGCCACGGCCACGGGGCGGGCCUGCCGGCUGGCGCGGGAGGCCGGCUGGCGCGGGCAAGUGGCCGGGACGAGGAAGACCACGCCGGGUUUCAGGCUGGCUGAGAAGUACGCCCUGCUGGUGGGGGGAGCGUCGGGCCACCGCUACGGUUUGGGCAGUCUUGUCAUGCUGAAGGAUAACCACGUCUGGGCUGCGGGAGGAAUUGCCCAGGCUGUCCAGGAAGCCCAGCGGGUGGCUGGCUUUCAUCUGAAGCUGGAGGUGGAGUGUCGUUCGCUGGGAGAGGCCCUGGAAGCCGCAGAGGCCGGAUCUGACAUAGUCAUGCUGGAUAACUUCUCCCCGGAGGACUUGCAUCCCGCCGCCAGCGCGCUGAAAGCCGCCCACCCCCGGGUGAUGGUGGAAGCCAGCGGUGGGAUCUCGGAGGAGAAUAUCUCCCAGUUCUUCGGCCCGUGUAUAGACGUCCUUUCUCUGGGAUGCCUCACCCAGUCGGCCCGAGCCGUGGAUUUUUCCCUCAAAAUCUGUCGGGAGACGCCGGUCCAGAGAGAUUUUGCCUUCUAAGACCAUAAGCCCCAAUUUUCAGGGCAGAGUGUGAAAUUUUAGCACAGUGAAAUCAUGGGUCAGGGAAUUUCACAGAUUAACAGAUAAAAUUAUCUAGAUUCGUCCAUGUAUCUUAUGCUGUCUGAUUUUCUCACCUUGAAUCUUUUCCUAAGAACCAUCAGACACUACAUUUCCUGAACUGGGAGUGAAAUUUUAAGCUCUGUAAACUCAUGUGGUGGGGAGUUCCUCUGGCUACUAGUUAAAAUCAUCUUCCUACUGAAAUGUGCUACCUUAAUUUGCCCAAUAUAAUUUCUGUCCUAAAAUGUGUCGCAUGCUAAAUUUUCUAAGCCAUGUGUGAAAUUUUAACUCAACGAAAUGGUGUGUCAGGGAGUUCUAGAGGUUAAUUGAUACAUUUAUUUCAUAUGUUCCCUCUAAGAUGUGCUGUCUUGAUUCAUGCACUUUAAUUUUGCCCUAAGAGCCAUCACAUACUAAAUUUUCUAAAGCCAAAUGGGCAGUUUUUGCUCCCUAAAAUCAUGUGGCAGAGUGUUCCACAGCUUAACGUCUAAAACCAUCUCAUAUCUUUCCCCUGAAAUGUGCUGUCUCGAUUUUACAUUUUUGAAUUGCUCCUAAGAACCAUCAGAUCCCAAAUUUCCUGAGCCGCGUGUGAAAUUAUAUCUCCAUGAAAUCAUGUGGCGGGGUGUUCCAUAGGUUAACAGAUAAGAAGUAUCUAAUUUUUUCAUUCCAAAACCUGCUGUGACAUCCUGACCUGACUGAAGUUAUCGGAAAACAACCACAGACUUCAGUGGGGCCAGGAUUUCAACCACUGCCGCUUCAUUAG